GGGCUUGGCUAGGAGGGGGCAAGGGAGGGAGAGAGAAGGGGAGACACAAAAAACUUCUUUCUUUCUCUCUCCGUUUAUCUUCAGCCCGACAUUGUCACCUCCUCUUUGAGGGGUUAGAAGAAGCUGAGAUCUCCCGACAGAGCUGGAAAUGCACUGCACUUUGACUAUGGAAACAGAGGCUAUUGAUGGCUAUAUUACAUGUGACAAUGAGCUUUCACCUGAAAGGGAACACUCCAAUAUGGCAAUUGACCUCACCUCAAGCACACCCAAUGGACAGCAUGCCUCACCAAGUCACAUGACAAGCACAAAUUCAGUAAAGCUAGAAAUGCAGAGUGAUGAAGAGUGUGACAGGAAACCCCUGAGCCGCGAAGACGAUAUCAGGGGCCAUGAUGAGGGUAGCAGCCUAGAAGAACCCCUAAUUGAGAGCAGCGAGGUGGCUGACAACAGGAAAGUCCAGGAGCUUCAAGGCGAGGGAGGAAUCCGGCUUCCGAAUGGUAAACUGAAAUGUGACGUCUGUGGCAUGGUUUGCAUUGGGCCCAAUGUGCUUAUGGUACAUAAAAGGAGUCAUACUGGUGAACGUCCCUUCCACUGUAACCAGUGUGGAGCUUCUUUUACUCAGAAGGGCAACCUUCUCAGGCACAUAAAGUUACACUCUGGAGAGAAGCCGUUCAAAUGUCCUUUCUGCAGCUAUGCUUGUAGAAGAAGGGACGCCCUCACAGGACACCUCAGGACCCACUCUGUGGGUAAACCUCACAAGUGCAACUACUGUGGACGAAGCUACAAGCAGCGCAGUUCACUGGAGGAGCACAAGGAACGCUGCCACAACUAUCUCCAGAAUGUCAGCAUGGAGGCUGCUGGGCAGGUCAUGAGUCACCAUGUACCUCCUAUGGACGAUUGUAAGGAACAAGAGCCUAUUAUGGACAACAAUAUUUCUCUGGUGCCUUUUGAGAGACCUGCUGUCAUAGAGAAGCUCACGGGGAAUAUGGGAAAACGUAAAAGCUCCACUCCACAAAAGUUUGUGGGGGAAAAGCUCAUGCGAUUCAGCUACCCAGAUAUUCAUUUUGAUAUGAACUUAACAUAUGAGAAGGAGGCUGAGCUGAUGCAGUCUCAUAUGAUGGACCAAGCCAUCAACAAUGCAAUCACCUACCUUGGAGCUGAGGCCCUUCACCCUCUGAUGCAGCACCCGCCAAGCACAAUCGCUGAGGUGGCCCCAGUUAUAAGCUCAGCUUACACUCAGGUCUAUCAUCCAAAUAGGAUAGAAAGACCCAUUAGCAGGGAAACCUCUGAUAGUCAUGAAAACAACAUGGAUGGCCCUAUCUCUCUCAUCAGACCAAAGAGUCGACCCCAGGAAAGAGAGGCCUCUCCCAGCAAUAGCUGCCUGGAUUCUACUGACUCAGAAAGCAGCCAUGAUGACCGCCAGUCCUACCAAGGAAACCCUGCCUUAAAUCCCAAGAGGAAACAAAGCCCAGCUUACAUGAAGGAGGAUAUCAAAGCUUUGGAUACCAGCAAGGCUCCUAAGGGCUCUCUGAAAGACAUCUACAAGGUCUUCAAUGGAGAAGGAGAACAGAUCAGGGCCUUCAAGUGUGAGCACUGCCGAGUCCUUUUCCUAGACCAUGUCAUGUACACCAUUCACAUGGGUUGCCAUGGCUACCGGGACCCACUGGAAUGCAACAUCUGUGGCUACAGAAGCCAGGACCGUUACGAGUUUUCAUCACACAUUGUUCGAGGGGAGCACACAUUCCACUAGGCCUUUUCAUUCCAAAGGGGACCCCUAUGAAGUAAAGAACUGCACAUGAAGAAAUACUGCACUUACAAUCCCACCUUCCUUCAGAUGUUGACAUACCUUUUUUUUUUUUUUUAUAUUAUUACUGUCAAUAAUUCUUAUUUUGUGGACUCAGUGUCAUUUGCUCUGCCUAAUUACAAUAAGGAAGAAACAGAAGAGUGAAAGGACAGGGGAUAAUGUUUCUUGAUAACUUGGCUUGUUUAUUUUGUGAGAAUUUAAGGGCAGUUCAUUUCUGCCGCACGUAGAUAUAAGGUGUAUCAAGCUUUGAAAAAUCACUUGAUUCGUAUAGAUUGACCUAAGAGAUCCUAAUUUGCCACUCAUAUUCAGGAUUAUGAUGGAAGACAGGAAAGUUUAGAGUUUUCUGGGUAAGGCUUUCUUAAAAUGGUAUAAGUAAUUUUCAAAGAGGAAUUUGUUUUAAAAUGUAAACUUUUUUUUUUUUUUUCUUUUCUCUCUCUAGACAUCAUGGCACACAAAUCAAACACAUUGUUAUUUUCAGUGCUAACUCCUAGGAUGAGUUGUUGUCUGUGAGUUCUAUGUUUACUUCCCCUAUGGAAUUUAAAGUACAGUAUGAUAUGCACUGUACCAUAUAGCAAAGCUUUUAAACUACAGGUAGUUAAGGGCCACCUACAAUACAUCUGAGGUCCUGUGAUCUUAUUUUUCUAAACUUAAGCACUGUUUUUCCAUGGUUUUGAUGACUGGCAUUUUAUAGACACCCCAGCAGC